AUGAAAGAAUCUGACGUACAACAGAGCGCUUCAAUUCCACGAAAGGCGCCUAUCAACUCUCCAAAGCUAUCCAGCGGUCCUGUCGGCGGGUAUCCUCGCACUGAGGCACUCUGGUCCGAGUUUCUGGGCGUCUCGAUUACCAACUUCAUGGACCCCGACCGUAAUGGCACCAAAUUAACUCUCAGUUUGAGCCUAUUAUCCAACCCUGUCCUUCCUGAGCAAGUCUUCGACGACUAUGCUAAAGACGUUGGCCUGCUUAUCCGUGACCUCGACCCCGUCGUCAACAAGGGUGGAUCCCUUGAUGCCUCCGGACGCUGCAUGUGGGACCAAGGCUAUUUGGCUUUCAAGGUCAACCAGGAAACCCUGGAGUGGCAUGUCUCUUGGAUGGAUUGUAAUGGCAACUCUUUGAAGCGGGAGGACGUUCAACUCUACGACAAGUACAACAACAACCACAAAGAGGCAUUCAAUGCCGUCAUUGAGAAUUUCGACCGAAAGCAGAACCAGCGAAUCAUGGCUUACAACUAG